AGUUAGGUCUUUGAAUAACAGGGUUGAAGUCCCUUAGCUUUUGUGUAGUAAGGGCGUAGGAAACAGGGAAUCAGUUUGUUCUUUUGGUUAAUGGGCUGCUGUAAAUGUGUUCCCUGUCAUUUUGUGUCCAGUUCGAGUUUAUUUAAGGUUCUAGUUCUGUAAGUAAGGAAAUUGGAAUAUUCGUACGUAUGGUUUUAUCUUACCAUAAUGUGGCCAGUAUAUUAUUCAUCGUUUUGCUGUUUUUGAAUCCGACAACACUAGUACCCUAUGUUGAAAACUGUACACUUGUUAUGCACUAGAUGGACAAGUCCGGCAAAGUGAUUGCUAAGUGGGAUAGUAGAGCAACCAAAAUUUUCACAGAAAUUUGUGUAGAAGAGGUCAAUGCUCGCAACAGGCCACAACAAUUCCUAAAUGCAGAAGGGUAUGCUAACCUGAUAAGGAAGUUCAAGGAACGCACUGGUCGCACUUACACCAGGGAUCAAAUGAAGAAUAGGUGGGACUCGUUGAAGAGAAUGUUCACCCAGUGGAAAACUCUUAAUGAAAGGGCUACAGGUCUUGGUCGAGACCCUCAUACUGGUUCAAUCAGUGCGCCAGAUGAGUGGUGGGCGAAGCAAAAUGAAGCAAUGCCAGGUUGUAUUAUGUUCAAAACAGGCCCCCUAGAGAAUGAGGACGAGCUAAAGGUUAUGUUUGGACCCAUUGUCUGCACAAAUGAAAGAACCCUGGUUCCUGGCGUGGAGGACGCUAAUUCAUCAUCUGAUGAUCAUUUGGACCACACUUUUGGUGGGGGUGAAAACAGCACACCUGACCCCUGCACAAAUACAACUGGUAAGCGUAAGAUGCGCCAUGAUUCCCCUAAACCAAAGAAGAAAAAAGAUUCGAGGGAAGAGUACAUGAAAAGACUUGUGGAGGCUUUUGAGUCCCGCUCAAUGACCACGAACAAGUCCAUUACCUCUUCUGAGAAUGACCCGGUCCGAUUAGAGAUUAAAAAGCAGUUGCUUCAAGUAAAGGAAGAUGGAUCACCUGAAGGGAGCGAACUACAUUUGUUUGCGACUCAUCUUCUGAUUCAUAAGAAGUAUAGAGAUGUUUUUGCAAACUUGGAGACAAAAGAAGGAAGAAUCGCUUGGCUUCGCAAUGCUUACGAGUUAGAAACUAAGAAGACCACUUAGCUGCUGGACGUCCGACAAGAGUGUCCAACAUGUUUACUAUUGUCGUUCGUUGUUUUUUAAUGAGUCAUGUCGUACAUGGUCCUGGUCAGACAACUGAGGCUUAUUUGUUCAGUCUGUUAGUUCUGUCUGCUUAAUGAGUCCUGUCGUGUCUGUUUUCGUUAGUACCAUUUUUGCUUUGCAACAAUUUUCCAUAAAUUCGAGUUGACCAUGUAUCAGAAUAAUAUGAGUUGUAUGUUUGUGAACUAUGUGAAUGUGUGAACUUCUUAUGCCUGUAAAGUCUUGCACUAGUUGAGUAUGUGAACUGUGGUUGCAUAUGAAAUUGUGGCUCUUGGU